GAAUAGACAGCUAUUGACCGGUAUGAUAGGACGACUGACUCGGGACAUUCUCCCUAUAGAGUUCCCCCCGUGGUGAUUAAAUUGGACUUUUCAGCGACAGACUCUCUGGUUUAACCCUAUUAUCACCAAUAGCGGAGCAGAUCCCUGUAUCCCGAAAACUAGGUUUGCUCCGAAGGACUUUGCACUGUGGAAUCAAAACAAUGGUUUUGAGCUUCGGUGACUAUCUAGCGCUGCGGUUGGCUCGGUUCCAGGGAAAUGGCUCCAUAACGCAGGAACCAUCUCCGAAUCAAUCGCCGUCUGGUACCAUAGAUUUGUCGAUACCAAUCACGGGGAGAACACGUCGUUUGGUCGUGCCGCAAACUUUCUCCGUAACCCCUGGGCCGAUCCAUCUUUUGCAGAAAUGUAGCAGAUUGUCGGGCCUCUUUCUCUUUUAUUCCUCUUUCAAACAUCAGGAAGAAGGGAAGAAGAAAGAUAAAAGUGCCGGCGAAGGGAAGGACAAUCUUUCAUUGUUCUAUCGCAAAUCUUCUUUUCGCUGUGUGCUAAACUUCUUUCCAACUUGCCAUCCCCGCUUCGAUCAUGGGCGAGGACUCGAUUUUGCCAAUAAGCGAGGACAAGGAGUUGAGGGCAACGCCUUCUCGCCUGACGCCGCCACCCUCCUCUCUCAUAGUGAACAGUGGGAACGCAGUCACCCUUAGGGAUGUUCAUUUUGCCUUCAGCAAUGAGACAUUACGAGACGAUUACCAUGCCGACAACAGGACAUCCUGGUACCAGCCAGAGGUGACCUAUGAAGCCCGUGUCCAGUCAGGGCAGUUUAGCCAUAGGGCCAGAGACUCGGGAUGGAGACGAAUGGUUCAGAAUUUCACACCUUCGUAUGUCACCCUCAUUCAUCAGGAUUCAUGGUGAAAACUAACGAGCCCUGAUGUGAAUAGGUGGUUCUCCGUGAUCAUGGGAACUGGCAUCGUUUCGACACUCC